AUCUGUACAAUUAAUUUAAACUUUUUCUUUUCUUCAGAACUGAAGCAUCAGCAGUACAUGAAAUCUUUUAUUUUAUUCCAUCUCUCUGUUCCAAAUGUUCUGCUGAAUUUGGAGUUCCCCUCUGAAGACUGCAGGCUAGGCAGCAUUAUAUUUUACCUGCUGAAGCUUCCAUAUCAGCAAUGAUGAAGGAUGCAAGUGCUACCCCGUACCCUUAUGAGCUGGUGCCAACUGAAAUGGAUAACUUGUCCCUGUUUUCCUGUAGCAAUGACUCUACUGGGAUUACCAGACUUUACCAGCCUUCUCCUGCAGCUGGGUGCAAUAGUUCAGUAUAUGGCUCUGAUCAAACACCACCAUUGCUGGUGGACGCAUGGCUAGUACCCCUGUUCUUUGCCCUUAUCAUGCUUGUGGGACUAGUAGGUAAUUCCCUUGUCAUAUAUGUCAUAAGUAAACACAGACAGAUGAGGACAGUAACUAACUUUUAUAUAGCCAACCUUGCCACUACAGAUAUCACCUUUCUGGUAUGCUGUGUGCCUUUUACUGCCACUCUUUACCCACUACCCAGCUGGGUAUUUGGAGAUUUCAUGUGCAGAUGUGUUAACUAUCUCCAGCAGGUCACUGCACAGGCAACCUGCAUAACCCUAACAGCUAUGAGUGUUGACCGCUGCUAUGUAACAGUCUAUCCACUGCAAUCCCUGCGCCACCGCACACCCCGAAUGGCCAUGGCAGUGAGUUUGGGUAUCUGGAUAGGCUCCUUUGUAUUAUCCAUUCCAUUUGCCAUGUACCAAAAGCUCAGCACUGGAUACUGGUAUGGACCUCAGACAUACUGCAUAGAAGCAUUCCCUACAGUUUUGCACCAGAAAGCUUUCAUAUUGUACACGUUUCUUGCUGUGUACCUGUUGCCCCUACUCACUAUCUGUAUCUGCUAUGCUUUUAUGCUGAAAAGAAUGGGCAGGCCUGUGGUAGAACCCAUCGACAACAACUAUCAGGUACAACUUUUGGCAGAGAGAUCCGAGGCAAUGAGGACGAAAAUUUCUAGGAUGGUUGUGGUGAUAGUUUUGCUCUUCACCAUCUGCUGGGGACCGGUCCAGCUUUUUAUCUUGUUUCAAGCUUUCGAUUCCAGUUUUGAGAAAAGUUACGAAACCUACAAACUUAAAAUCUUUGCUCACUGCAUGUCGUAUUCCAACUCCUCCAUCAAUCCGAUUGUUUAUGCUUUUAUGGGGGCCAACUUCAGGAAAUCUUUUAAGAAAGCUUUUCCUUUCAUAUUUAAGCAGAGAGUCGAAGGCACUGCCGGUGUUGUUGCUAACACUGAGAUGCACUUUGUUUCUUCUGGAACAUAGUCACCGUGAAAAAUUAAAUAGAAUUGCAAUAAAUAACACAUCAGAAUACUUAUUAAACUCUCCUAGAAAUUACAGUUCUAAGUUUGGGGUUCUAAGAAGCAAAUAUCAGGUGUAACUCAAGAUGUUAUUGUUUUUGCAAAUAUACAACUAACAAUAUGUUAAG